UAUAUAUUUCCGAGUUCCGCCACAAAUCGCAAACAGUCAAAACAAUCAUGUGUUUCUGUUUUGAAAUAAUUUAAAAUUAACUGUACCAAAUUUAUACACAUUACUAAUUUAAAAAAAAUCCCAUUUAGAAUAUGAGUUAUUUGAUAUAUAAGAAAAAUGAAAUUAUUAAUUCCGAAGACAGAGCUAUGUAUCUGUUUACUAAUUUGGACGAUUGCGAAUAUUUACGCUUUAUAUAUGUUGUUAAAAUCACAAACCGAAAUAUUAGAAGCUGAUAAAAAUAUAUAUUCAUUAGAUGAUUUACAGCCCGGUUGGAAGUUAUUUUCGAGAUAUAAAGAUGUGUCUGAUAUUGAGUGGAGCAGUUGGAAAUAUUACAUAAAAAUAUCGUGGUUUUACAUAAUAAUACAGUUCCUAGUAUCCGAAUUAUUUCGUCGAUAUUCACCAAGCUUUUUAAAACAAUGGUAUAUACUAUCAAGUUUAACAUUUGUUUGCACUUGCUUAGGCUGGAAACAAAUGAUUAUAAUAUUAAUACAACCUGUGAUAUAUGCUACAGUUAUCUGUCUUGGUGGAAAGAAAAUAAGCAUUUGGCUUGUCAGUAUUUUUUUAUUACUAAGCUAUAAUUCAUUGAAAUACAAGAAUUUCUUUUGGACAUUCUUGGAACACAGAGAGCUGCAAGAUGAAGAAGUGUAUUUAAUUCUAUUUUGUAUGGCUUGGGUUGAAUUAAGAUGCAUCAGUUUCUCUAUUGACUUUAUAGAAAACAAAGAAAAAAAUAGGAUAAAACCUGAAGAUUGCAUAAAUUUUUUAAGCUAUGUUUUGUAUUUACCAGUUUUAUACAUGGGACCUAUAAUAUUAUAUGAGGAAUUUGAAAGGAGCUAUAAAGUACAAAAUACUGACAUUUACCUAAGACUAUUAAGAUUUUUACCAGACAUCUUUAUAUUCUUAAUAUAUUCAGUAUUUCUUGAUUUUUCGUUCCAUUUCAUUUAUUUUUAUGCCAUUCAAAAUGAUAUAGAGUUGGUAAGAAAGAUGUCAAGUAUAGCCCUGUGUGGUGGAGGUUUAUGGAUGGGGCUUGAAUUUUACUUAAAAUAUGUAAUAACAUAUGGCACAACAGGAUCAUUUGCUAUGCUAGACAAUAUUGACGCACCACCUACUCCACGAUGUAUAGCAAGAAUUCAUGUUUACUCUCAAAUGUGGAGGCAUUUUGAUGUUGGCCUGUAUAGGUUUUUAGUCAAGUACAUCUAUAAACCAUGUUUUGUUCUGUCAAGUGAAUAUAUAAAUUUACCAAAAAUUGCCUACAAGCUUUUAGCAUCACUUGGUACAUUCCUGUUUAUAUUCAUGUGGCAUGGGAUGGUGUGGCAUAUACUCAUGUGGUCAUUCUUGAACUAUGUUGGUAUAUUAAUGGAACAUGUAGGAAAGAUUGUAUCAAAAUCUGAUAAGUAUGCUUGGUUUAAGGAAAACGUUUUGAAAACAGAGACUAUGGAGGCCAGACUUACAGCAAUUUUGUGUGCACCAUUGUUGGGUUUAUCAGCUAUUUCAAAUUUUUAUUUAUUUGCUGGUAGCAGUGUUGGAAAUCUCUUUUUUGAAUACCUAUUUCAAAUACCAACUCUUGUUAAUUGUGUAAUUGUUUGUUCUUCUUUGUAUUGUUGUUGUUAUGUUUCAAUGGCUUUAGAAAAUGUCCCAUCUAGACAAUUAAUUUUUCACAAUUUUUAUAAAAAGCACUUGUGAUAAUUCUAAUAACUAGAAAAGAAUUUGUCAACAAUUUUAAAUGUUUUAAUGUCACAAGUUUACAAUGACAAAUAUAUUUAAUACU